CUGCGUUACUUUCACUUCCGGGGUCGGUGGCCAGCAGCAGCCCGGUAGCAGCAGAGAGGUUACUGUGUGUGGAUGUAGUGUCUGUGGAGCGCUGUGAUGCCCCUGGAGGUCAAAUGGCCGUUCCCACAAUGCCCUGCUUUGGCAUGGAGGAUCUCCAGCUCACUGAUCAUGGGGAUGGUGGGCUCCUAUUCCUACUUCUGGACCAAGUACAUGAACUACUUGACGGUCCACAACCACAAGGUCUUGUUGGACCUGGUUGACCGGCGGCCCUUGGACACGCCCCUCAUCACUCUGUCCAAUCACCAGUCCUGCAUGGAUGACCCACACAUCUGGGGUGUGCUGAAGCUCAGACAGCUGUGGACCUUCAACAAGAUGCGCUGGACUCCAGCAGCAUCGGACAUCUGUUUCACAAAAGAGGUGCACUCCAGGUUCUUCAGUCGUGGAAAGUGUGUUCCGGUCUGCAGAGGCGACGGCGUUUACCAGAAAGGCAUGGAUUUUAUCGUGGAGAGACUGAACAGAGGAGAAUGGGUGCACAUUUUUCCUGAAGGCAAAGUCAACAUGACUGAAGAAUUCAUACGUUUAAAGUGGGGCGUGGGUCGGCUGAUAGCAGAGUGCUCCCUCAAUCCUGUUAUCCUGCCGCUCUGGCAUGUGGGUCUGAAUGACGUUCUGCCAAAUGAAAGGCCCUACGUUCCUCGGACUGGCAAGAGAAUCACCGUCCUGGUGGGGAAACCGUUCAGCGUGAACGACCUCGUUGAAUCCCUCCGAGCCGAAAACAAGAGCCAGUUGGAAAUGAGGAAGACCUUGACUGACUUCAUCCAGGAGGAGUUUAGGACCCUGAAGGUCCAGGCCGAGGCCCUCCACAGGCAGAUCCAUACCUCAUCCUGAUGCCCCAGCUGUCCUGGUUGCUACACUCCUCACAGCCAACAAGAACCAAUGACACCUCUCAAACUGUACACACACACACACACACACACACACACACACACACACACACACACACACACACACACACACACACACACACACAAAGGGUUGCAUUAGUUCCACUUUCCUUUUCUCUUCUCUAGCACACACACACCUUCAAACUGGGACGUCGUUGAGUCAUCAAAAGAACAUUUAUUUUGAUCAUGAUCACUAUCGUUGGGGAAAAAAACUGAGAAUGCAUUAGUGAUGAAACUUCUUUGUAAAAGCAUGUUUUUCCCUUUUAAUUUAGCAAGUAUGGUUGCUGGGAUUGGCUUGGAGUUUAGACAAAAGAUUAAUGGAUGAUUACUUGAAUUCAUACAAAUUAUUUCUGCGUGACCUCAAGGCAAACAGUUGGUCCAGAAUAGCUAAAUAUCUUGGGUGUUUGUAGCUUGGUUUGGGGCGUGAAGCAUGUUUAGUGCUACUCAUUGAACUGGUGAUUUUAGCUUCUAACCAGUGUUUCUGUAAUGAUCCCACUGGUACCGUCGUCUCAUGUCAAUGCCAACGAGCAGUGCCAAUACUGGAAGUAGUUUGUCCUCUUAUGUAGUGAGGUACAAAGUAAGGAUGUUGUUCUGCAAUUCAUGUUUGCAUUUUUAUAAACUGAUCUUUCCCUGACCUUGAUGUUACAAUCUCGGAAGAUCUCUGUUUAGGUUCUCUUUGGCGCCACCCGUGGCGAUAGGCAGUAAUUGCAGCUGUGUCUUCGGUUCUCACUUCCCAGUGUCGCCUUUUCCCAGGACAGAUUUCCGUGAUACUGCAAAUGCAAGGGGUGAUAUCACCAUUGUGUUACCUCAUUUUGGCGAUAGAUAUUGACUUAGUAGACAUUUAUUUAAAUGUAAAUAUUCCAGAUUACUACCUUUUUAAUUUGUAAACCUUUUAGAUUUUAGCCUCCCAUCGUUCCCGGUGAUGAACAGCAGGAUGGGUUUAGUACCACAACAGACACUCGUUGAGCAGCUACUUUUAUCAGAAAUACAGCAAAAUCUGUUUACAUUGCAGCCAAAUAUACUCAGGUUGUUUUUGAUAAAGAAAUCAGUCAAUAAUCAGCCUUUCUUUGCGUCAUCUUGACGUCAUGCUGCACGCGGAUCAGGUAGUUUUUCCACACGACAGCAGAACACCAUCUGCUUCUGAUACUUCCUGUGA